GAUCGGAGAACAACAUGGAAGAUGACGACACUUUGUCAAAGCAGCGCUCUCCUGAUAAAAUUGAAACAACCAGUGAUAAUCCUUCCCAUCCACAUGACACUCAGCUAUAUUUCUCAAUCAAAGACACACAGUGGCCAAUUGUGUAUGCUGUAGAGUACAACAUUGGAUUUUUAGGACUUGAAAAGCUGCACCCCUUUGACUCAGGAAAAUGGGGAAGAAUUAUAGACUUUCUGAAAGAAGCACAAAUGGUUCGAGACAUCACAUUAGUUCGACCAGUGGAGACUAGUAGAGAAGAUCUGUUAGUGGUCCACACUAGACGAUAUAUAGAUAGCUUAAAGCUGUCCAGCAUUGUGGAGGGGAUUAAUGAGUUCAGCAUCAAUGUGGCAGGGAUAACUGAGGUACCUCCAGUUGCCUGUCUGCCUAACUUCAUUGUACAAAGGAAAGUUCUCAGACCUCUACGAUUCCAGACAGGAGGAACUAUACUUGCUGGCAAACUGGCAGUGGAGAGAGGAUGGGCAAUAAAUGUGGGUGGUGGUUUUCACCAUUGUUCAUCCGACAGAGGUGGUGGAUUUUGUGCCUAUGCUGACAUUACUUUGUCUCUCCAGUUCCUAUUUCAGAGAGUGGAAGGAAUUGCCAAAGCCAUGAUUAUAGAUCUAGAUGCCCAUCAGGGGAAUGGCCACGAGCGGGAUUUUAUGAAGGAUGAGAAUGUGUAUAUCAUGGAUGUCUACAAUAGGAACAUUUAUCCCCAUGACGGUUUUGCGAAAAGAGCUAUUAGAAGGAGAGUGGAACUGGAGUCAUUUACAGAAGAUGAGGAAUAUCUGAGUAAAGUCAGAAGGCAUGUAGAUGGAGCACUGAACGAAUUUACUCCAGACAUUGUCGUGUAUAAUGCAGGCACAGACAUCCUUGAUGGUGAUCCUUUAGGUCGUUUGUCCAUCAGUGGUCAGGGUAUAAUAGAGAGGGACCAGGUGGUGUUCACCCGGGUGCGAACGCGAGGUAUCCCCAUUCUGAUGGUAACCAGUGGUGGAUAUACAAGGGGCACAGCUAGGAUUAUUGCUGAUUCAAUCCUCAAUCUUAAAAACCUUGGUCUGAUCCAGUGUGAUGAAGCAGAGUUUUUACCUGAAGAGCCCAUGGUGCCAUCCAUCCCUAAAAGCCGGAGUGAAGGUGGAUUGUUCGCCAAGUUUCGAGCCUCAUGUAUGUCACUUCCACGCUCUGCAACAAACUCUGAUAUAUCCGCCUCACAGAAUGCAGAGGAGGGUGACAGUGUGGAUCCUCCAUGAACAGUGAUCCAUGGAACCAGAUAAUAUUGUCAGUGUACACUUUAACAUUCCUCAGUCUUCGACAGUGAACAUAGCAAUGCAAGUCAUCCAUGUCACAAUGUCCAGAGUUGGUUUCCCAGUUUUGUGUUCCUUUCUCAUUGAAAUUUGUUGCAUGCUGUUGUUAAAAAACAACUGUUAGUAUGCAGUGUUGAAAGACUAAAGUCAACUUUUUUAUGAAAUACGCAAUUAAAUGUCUGACAUUUACACAUAGGUAUGAUAUGCUGAGUUAAAAGAUAAACCUUUCUGUAAAGUGUGGUUCACCAUGAGACAGUUGGUUCAAGUGGUUAUUGCUGUCACCUGUAAGAGGUAUUGUCCAGUCAGUGUUGGUUGUCUUGUGUCAGGUAGCAAGUACAUGUAAUGCAUUUCACAUUCAUAUACUACUUUGAGAGCAGCAUAAUUGGAUAAGCAAUACAUUCCGUGCAUUUUUUUGUAUGUCUUUGGGUUGGUUGCCCAACAGAUCACUCCGUAUAAAAAAGCUGGAAUAUAAGAUUGUCCAUAACCAUGGGUUAAUUCACAUGCUGGACUCAAAACAUGUUCUCAAUCUAUUUAUCACAUUGGUUGUACAUUCUGGAAAUCCAUACGAUCACAACUUACGUUCAUCAGUUGUUUUCCUCUCCCAUUAUCCUGUCUGGUUACAAAACAAAGGUACACAGGCUGUGAUGUUAUUAAAUGUACAUAGUGUUAAUAAUGAUCUUCAUGUGGAACUAACCCUUUGGCUUGAACUUAAAAUAUACUUGUACUACUGGACAAAGCAUGGCCUCAGUAGUCUGGUCAACUCCCAGUGUUUUCUCCUUCAUAUACUUGCUGCUCUCUUGCAGUGACCAGUCACUAAAAACCACAAUCAGGUCCAAAAAAAUUGUAUCUGACAUAAGCUUAGUUUCUAUCAUGGCUAAUUGUGGAACUGUAGAAAAGGUAAACAGUUCGCAGUGAUAUAUGCAGAAAAUCAGUUAAUCAGUUUUCAGUUAUUUCUCUAUAUGUCCAUUGCAAUACCAUGUAAAUUUGCUAAGAAAUUUGGUUAAGAACAUUUAUAAUUACACAUUUUUUCUAACAGAGAAAAUGCAAGGCUGGAAAACAAUCAGAAAUUCUGAUUUCAAGUUCGUUUGAACAGACCAAUGAAAGUGAACAAAUAUAUUUACAUUAGUGUAAUGUAAUGAUUUCAAAAAGAUUUACAGGGACAGUCGAUAGCAUCUCUGAGGUGUGAAGCUUUUUAUCAUGUCUAUACUGGAGCGUCAUACAGAAUUCGUCUUUUGCACGUUGUAACAAUAAAUAUAUACUUGUACAAAGUAAGAUAAAAAGCUAGCAUAUAAGAAGUUAUAUUAAAUAGUGACUAUGCUACCAGAAGCACAACAACUGAUAUGUCUUAUGUCUUACAAUGCACUGUGAAAUGAAAUUUUGUGACAUUUGCCUUAUAUUAGAACAAAAAAAAGUAAAUGCAUGUAUGUAAGAAAGGUUUAAAUUUACAGACUAGGACUGACAGUUUUCAAUCUGUUAGAGCAUUUAUUCUUGUAUAUAUCAUACAUGUAUGAAUAAUAUUGAACUUUAUUGAUAUUUGGUAACUAAUGUACAUGUACUUAAUACAUUUAUGUGUACUGUGAUUGGCUCUGCUACUUGAAAUCCUUACAUUCUCAACUGCAAUAGAACAUGUAUUGGUAACUGUAACUUAAUAUAGUAUAUACAUUUCUCUGAAUGUUGAUUUUUUGACUUUUGUGUACAUGUAUGUACAUGUAGAAGUUUUACCCUCAAUAAUGCUCAUUUCAUAAAUGAUACUCACAUACUCCACCGACUGUUUGUUUAAUGUCAUUGUCUUAUUGAGGAAGGUUUGAGAAGGGUAUGUGUAUAUUUUAGCUUUUUCAGCACUUUUAUUCAUUGCACGUUAACCAUUUACUAUAAUGUACCAAAUCUUUACAUACACAUUGUGCUGUGACGUUAAGUUAAAGUGUUUGUCUAGUUUACUUACACGUAAACUGUCUAGUAUGUGUUACAUAUAUGUGCACAUGUCAUUUAUAUGUGACAGACUUAGUGGUUAACUCAUAUACAACAAGCCUACAGAGUGAAAUAUGCUUGAGUCAAUGCACACAAAGUGAAAUAUGCUGGAGUUAAUGCAUACAUACAAAGUGAAAUAUGCUGGAGUUAAUGCAUACAUACAAAGUGAAAUAUGCUGGAGUUAAUGCAUACAUACAAAGUGAAAUACGCUUGAAUUAAUGCAUACAUACAAAGUGAAAUAUGCUUGAGUUCAUGCAUACAUACGAAGUGAAAUAUGCCCAAGUUCUAGUCCAAAUGUUCAGUAAUAUUUAUUAUGUUCACAUUAAAUACUAUUUAUUUAUUACAUUAGUUUUCUUGUAAAGUUUGAAACUUGUACAGUUAAACUGUGCCAAAUUGUUGUGAGUACUUGUAUAUGGUAUUCCGACAGGCUCAAUCCAUGUUUGAAACCAUAAUAAAGAAAAUCAAA